AGACUGACCAACUUUAGACAUCAGUUUUUGUGCAUCCUCCUGAAGUGAAGCAACGCAAAACAAACCCUUUCUCAAGAUGCUGAAAUACGUUAUCGUCCUGUUGGCUCUAGUUGCCGCCAUCUUUGCUGCUCCUCAGCCGCAGUUCCUGUACGCUCCAGCUUCGUACAGCUACAGCGAGAGCUAUCGCCAACCAGCGGCCACAGUUUACUCCAGUGCUCCGUUGAUCCCGAGCACUUACAGCACUUCGUAUGCCGCUCCAUCUCUGUACAACGCGCCCUAUCCGGCAGCCUACGUUUACUAGAGCUAGAACUGACCGUAUUCUGAAAAAACCGCAUCGAUACAAGGACCUCGAGCUGGACCCCGAUCUCCGUGUGGCUGCGCCAUGGCCCUCAGCGCACUUGCGCACCACACGAAUAAACGUCACUGAAUCAAUAAACGC